AUGCGGGGGAGCGAGGAGGGGUUGUGCACUGUCAUAACCAUGAAAGAAAUCGCGCGUGGAGUCGACACAUGGGGGCCGCUUGGCAAGAUUUGGCGGAGGGGCAAGUCAGACAAGGCGCUUGUGGGCCAGUACGUUGCGGAGGCGAAGAAGUGGCUGAAGAAGUUCACACCGACGAGCUGGCGCAGGUUCGCCGAGGCCUUCAACUUUGGCUACUUUAGGCAGGGAGCGGAGCGGAUCUUCCUUGUCGUGGAAAGGCUGGCUCGACCGCAAGUGGAUGGUGGUCGCGAUGUCGGUCUGAAUUUCUCCCCGGUGAGAAACGAGGGGGACAUGGAGCUCGUUUUCGGUGCGUUCCAGAAUGAGGUAAAGCGGCGCGACGAAGAACUUCGACAGAACGAAGAUGAGCGAGGGCGGGCCCGAGCCCGCGGCGCAACUUCCAAACAUUGAGCCGUAAUUUCAGGCAUUCGGUUUUUUGGAACACGAACAGGCAAGAUUUCUUGAGUUAUUUUGUCUUUGCCCGAACGCAACUCGCAAGAAAAAUAUCUGGCUGCGUGCCCAAGUUCGCACUCAACAUUUUCUGUGAUUUUGAUCAGCGCCAGCUCUAUUAUUUCAAUGUCGUGCUAAUUCUAUAAAAGCGACAAGCAACUCUCUCUCAAAUCCGCUGCUUUACGGACACUUCAUGAAAAGCAAAAGUCUCUACUCUGUGUCUGCCAUGAUUUUGCAUACGGAAAUAAAACUUUCGCCAGUCUCUAUCUCCACUGGGACUAGCACUAAGACCUUCAGUGAAUCUUGUAGGUCAAGCACGUUUAUUGUCUUUGCCAUUGCUACAAACAUCUUUUUCGUUGUCUGACUGUACAACAUAUUACCGACGAGCUAUCUAGUACUGCUUAUUCGCUUUUAGUGCAAAAGCUUUAUCUGCUUCUACCAAGACUUUCGUAGUUUAUGACUCAACAUAUCUUCAGCUUCCUGACGUAUUUGUGCUCGAUUGUAAGAAGGUAAGCUGUUGCUGUCUCUAAUUGUAUCUCCAUCGCACGUUUAUCGAGAACCAUUAUGAAUUUUUUCUUCACUUCAUUUUCUAGAGUUUGUUUCGAUUCACUCGUCAUUUUAGCAGUUUCUUAUUAGCCACAAUGAAGCACCGAAAUCCACCGCGCGAGAUUAGCCACAAUGACAGUAAGGACCACAUCAGGGAGCAUGAGCAAUCAUGUGUCGAGGUCGUAAGUUUCAGUCAGCAUGACCACGCACGAGGGUAGUGCUGGUGUCCUCUUCUUCACAACAUUGAAAAAAUUGAACGAAAGCGAAUAAGUAGUGGCAAUUAUAGUAAAUUUUUAAGACGGUCUGCUAGCUCUACAAAGAACAGCGGGGGCGCCAGCAGUGCGCUCUGUAGUUCUCCCGGACGGAAAAAACUGUGUGAUAAAGUUUUUCUUUGCUCGCGUGAUCUAAAGCUGUUGCUGUACCUACUAGUCGGUCCCUGCUAUAAUUCUUUUGCGACAGUGAAGUAGAUCGG